AGUAGUUAUUUCUAAAGUAUUAAGAUUUCACUCUCUAUCCGGAGCGUCCAGGUUCAGUCUAGACUGUUAUUGUUUCCCGGAGCAGCGACCUGCAGAUCAAUGCCAGCUGUUGGAUCUCGCGGAGAACGUGGUGGUUGCGCGGUUCCUCAGAUCUGCGCUUAAGAAUGGCCACGUGUGUUUGGGUCUGCAGAUUUGAGGAUUAGGCUAUUCUGCGGAUUUAAGGGGAGUUUGAAACACGAGAGCGAUAUUGAAAUCCAAGCUUCUGUGUGCUUUGUUUUCAAAUAUUCACGGAUUAAAUGUCAUCAAUCCACAUGCGUAUAGGCCGGUGUCACGACAGUUCAACUCGCACUUUGACUGGAUAGGCCGACUGUCAGUAUAGCUGAACAACCUGCCUCAGGUACGCCAGUAAUAGUGAACGAAAACAACCACAACUCGCUUUGUUCCGUAGUUUUCACUAGCCUAAAGACAAAUGGCAAAGUGGCUGAAAGAUUAUCUAAGUUUUGGUGGGAAGCGUGUGCCUCCUCAACCGCCGAAACCUGACUACACGGAGAGCGAGAUCUUAAAGGCUUACCGAGUUCAGAAAAACUUGGACUUCGAAGACCCAUACCAGGACACGGACAACCGCGCGCGAAACGACUCGGCAACGGACGACCUGUGUCACCCUGCCUUUGGCUCCCCACUGAAGUCCACCAGUCUGGAUAUGAAAGUCGUGUCGCCCAAACACCGGCUCAUCAAGGUGGAAUCGCAGGACCUUGGUCGAAGCAAGAUUCUCCUAAGUUCCCUGUCCGUGGAGGAUUCAUCCGAGCCCGUGGUUCCGUCCGCCCCGGCGGCGGGCGACCAGGACUACUCGGACCCGUUUGACGCCCAGCUGGAGAACCGACCCGAAGCGGACCUGGAACCGGCGCCAUGCGAGAACAACAGCUACAUGGAGCCGUACGAGGCCCAGAGACUCAUCACAGGGCUGCAGAGGGGUCCCGGCGGGGCCCGGACGAGGGGGGGGCUCCAGCUGUACGACACCCCGUACGAGGAGCGGGGGCGCGAGGCGCUGCCGGAGGACGGGCGCGAGAGCCGGCUGCCCCAGGACGACGAGCGGCCUGCUGAUGAGUACGACCAGCCCUGGGAAUGGAAGAAGGAGCACAUCUCCAAAGCCUUCGCAGUGCAGUUUGAGGGGGCUGAAUGGGACCGCUCCUCGUCCCCCACGGAGCGCCUGCGGCCCCCCCGCUCCAGCCCCCUGAGCGGGGCCUCCAAGCUCCGCAAGCCCACGGACCCCCACUCCAUGCUGGGGGAGAGAGUGGACCCCACCCUGGCCUUGGAGAAACAGGUGUGGUACCAUGGAGCUCUCUCGCGCUCGGACGCUGAAGCUCUGCUCACCCUGUGUAAGGAGUGCAGCUACUUGGUGAGGUGCAGCCAGACCAGCCGCUGUGAAUUCAGCCUGUCCCUGAGGAGCUGCCAGGGCUUCAUGCACAUGAGGUUCACCGUGUCCAAGGACGGAAAGUACAUCCUGGGUCAGAACAGCCCGCCCUUCGACACCAUCCCCGAGGUCAUCCACUACUACACCACCCACAAGCUGCCGAUCAGAGGGGCCGAACACCUGUCCCUGCUGUUCCCCGUCCUGGUCCAGACGCUCUGAUCUGCCCCCGGGGGCACACGCUAUCGCCGACUAAUGCGGAGAAGUCCUACGCUGGAUCAGGAACGCUGUUUUACUCGAGGAGAGGAGAGGAGAGGAGAGGAGAGCUUUGGCCGAGGCCUCCAUUUCACACGUGCCAAUUGCUGCCCUGGGAUCC